CAUCUGUUAUAUGGACUGUGGCCAGCCUUAAAUCUGGUUAUUGCUGUUUGGAACGUGCUGCUGAAAACCAGACUUAAAAAGGCUUUUCCUGUUAAUGCACAGCUUAUUCUGUCUCUUGUUUCACAGGGAAGAAAAGCUGAUUUAGUAAUUGAAAUGGAUGCAAUACUAAAUUACAGGUCAGAAGAUACUGAAGAUUACUACAUGUUACUGGGAUGUGAUGAACUAUCUUCGGUUGAACAAAUCCUGGCGGAAUUUAAAGCCAGAGCCUUGGAAUGUCACCCUGACAAGCAUCCUGAAAACUCCAAAGCUGUGGAGACUUUUCAGAAACUGCAGAAGGCAAAGGAAAUUCUGACUAAUACAGAGAGUCGUGCCCGGUAUGACCAUUGGCGAAGGAGCCAGAUGUCAAUGCCAUUCCAGCAGUGGGAAGCUUUGAGUGAUUCGGUGAAAACAUCAAUGCACUGGGCUGUCAGAGGUAAAAAAGAUCUGAUGCUGGAAGAAUCUGACCAGGUUCAUACCAACCAGACUGAAAAUGAGGAAUGGAACAAGCAAAGAGAAAUAAAGAAAGAGAAGCUGGGUUCAACCACAGAGAAAAUGGAGCAAAAAGAAUCCAACUCCUUGGAGAAGUCAUUCUCCCCACAAAAUCUGGAUUCUCCAAUCUUUUCAGAUGUGAACUCUUGGCACCUUCGUUUCCGCUGGUCUGGGGACGCUCCCUCAGAACUCCUGAGGAAAUUCAGAAAUUAUGAAAUAUGAAAAGUGCUCGGUAGGAGAGAGAGCGAGCAAGACCAUCUCCCGUGCUGCCAACAAGUCUUUGAAUCUUAAAAACGUUAUGUUUCUCUGUCAUGUUUGUGAAUUGCUCAGUACCGAUUGAUUCCUCCAUCCUUGAACCCAUUCUAACAAAAUGUGUGUUUUAAAUGAGAACAUUUUCAGACUAGUCUCUUUCAAUAUUUGAAUAGAUUAAGGCUCUUAGAUCCAAAGUAGCUUGUUGUGAAUCUUCCUGUUAAUGUUGUAGAAAAUCUAUUUUAAAAAGAUAUCUCUGUAUUUAAAUAAUUCAUUAAUAUACCACAAUCCCUAUUAGUGCUGUAUGUACAAGAAAUGCUUUCUGACUCUUGGGGCACCUGGGUGGAUCUGUUGGUUAAGCAAACAACUCUUGACUUUGUCUCAGGUCAUGAUCUCAGGGUCGUGGAGUCUGCUUAAGAUUCUCUUUCCCUCUGUCUCUGCCCCUCCCCUGCUCACUCUCUCUCUCAAAAUAAAAUAUAAAUAAAAUUUAUUUUUAAAAAAGGAAAUGUUUUCUGACUCUUGACUUUAAAUGAAGUGUCUAAACACAGAGCGAAAUAAAUAAUUUUCCCAAAAUUCAUGAUGAAUUUAUAAUUCAACAGUAUUUUGAAAAUAAUUUGAUUAGAUAUUUCUAUUUUAAUUUUAAUAAUUGUAAAUUUAAAAGGUUUUUAUUUAUUUGAGGAAAUAUGCUUUAUAAGAUUUCUUUUGUUAUACAGCAAGUGAUACAUUUAUAAAUUAUGUUCUAACAAUGUGAAUGGGCCUGUUAGGUGGACAUAUCCUUUUUAGGUUGGGAUUGUUGAUGGUCAUGUGUAGUCUAUGGUUAGUUUUUAGUUUGCAAACAAGUGAAUGAAAAAUUAAGAAGAAAAACAAUUUUAGAGUAAACUAGAGCUGUCACUGGUCUGUAGCAAAGUGACAGAAAAAAAAAAAGAAUAUAGGAAGUUUAAAAAAAAUUUUUUUUAAAGUUUAUUUAUUUCAAGAGAAACAGAGACAGCAUGAGUGGGGUAGGGGCAGAGAGAGGAAGACAGAAUCCCACCGCACUGACAGUGCAGAGUCCAACUUGAGGCUUGAACUCACAAAAUCAUGAGAUCAUGACCUGAGCCGAAACCUAGAGUUGGAUGUUUAACUGACUGAGCCACCCAUGUGCCCCAGGAAGUUUUUUUUUUUUUUAAAUUAAAGCCACAUAAUUCAGAAAUUAUGUCCUUUGUGGUUUAAAAUGUGCUUCCUUUUAUGAAAUAGUAUCAUAGUAGACUGUGUUAGUUUACAAGGGCUGCCAUAACAACAUACCACAGACUGAGUGGCUUAAACAACAUACCUCAUAGUUCUGGAGGCUAGAUGUCCAACAUCAAGGUGUCUGCAGGUUUGAUUUUUUUCUCAGGCCUCUCUUCUUGGCUGAUGCCUUCUCCAGGUGUCCUCACAUGACCUCCCUCUGCGAACACACAUCCCUGGUAUCUCUGCUUCCUCUUUUGAGGAUGCCAGUCACAUUGGAUUAGGGCUCCACCCUAACACUUCCUUUUAACACAUUUCAACUCUUUAAAGAUCUUAUCUCCAAAUAAGAUUAUAUUCUAAGGUAGUGGGGAUUAGGACCUCAACAUACAGGUUUUGGGGGGAAUACAAUUUAGUCCAUAACAGAUGAAAACUUUUUUUAAAAAACAAAUAUAGGGAUGCCUGGGUGGCCCAGUUAGUUGAGUGUCCAACUCUUGAUUUUGGCUCAGAUCAUGAUCUCACAGUAGUGAGAUGGAGCCCCAAGUUGGGCUCUGUGCCGGGCAUGGAUCCUGCUUGAUUCUCUCUCUCCCUCUCCCUCUGCCCUUCUCCUGCUUGUGCAUGCUCUCUCUGUCAAAACAAAACAAAACAAACAAAACAAAACAAAACAAAACAAAAGUAUUAAAAAAUUUUUUUUUUAUUACAUUUAUUUAUUUUUGAGAGACAGAGACAGAGCACAAGCAGGGGAGGGGCAGAAGGAGAAGGAGACACAGAAUCCGAAGCAGGCUCCAGGCUGUGAGGUGUCGGCACAGAGCCCAAUGCAGGGCUCAAACUCACAAACAGUGAGAUCAUGACCUGAGCCGAAGUCGGAGGCCUAACUGACUGAGCCACCCAGGUGCCCCAAAACAAAAGUAGUUUUAAAAAAUGUUUAUUUAUUAUGAGAGAGAGAGAGAAAAUAGGGAGAGAGAUUGCAUGUGAGGGAGGGGCAGAGAGAGAGGGAGAGAGCAUCCCAAGCAGGCUCUGCGGAGCCCGAACUCGAGAUUUGAUCCCACGAACUGUUGAUACAGAAGAUAGGAUUCAGUAGCCACAGAGGGAAAGAUUAGGGCCUGAGGUUCCUGGGUAGGGAAAAACACCUAUUUUGGAACAAUGCUGGGAGUGUCUGACCACAGCAAACCCCCUCAGGUGUAAGGUUCCUCUUAAUGUAACAGACCCCACCUACUCCCCCUCAGGUUUCCCCUCAGGAAUUUGACAAAAGACCUAAGUAUGGCCAUAGACCACCCCUCAUACAAUGGAAAGGAGCCAGUCGGGAAUGGGCAACCCAGCACCUAGAGGUAUCAAGCCAAUAAGGGUAGAAGGAACAAGGGAGAAGGGAUGGGGAGGGUUGACCAGAACCUUAUAAAACAAGGACCUUGCUUGUAGUCCGUGGGCAUUUACUUUUGAAUGUCCCCUUUCUGUAAAGAGAUCUUUCCUACUAUUCUUCCUUUCUAAUCUUAUAUUCUAAUAAGCCUUUGCCUACUGCUCA